GCCUUUCAUUUGUCGUCUGUGGAAAAUUGCAAUUGGUAAAUAUUGUAAGUAAAAUACAUUUUCUCAAGAAUUUUCUUAUUUUAUGGAUAUAGCUUAUUAAAUUAACAUAUAUAUUUCAAAAGAUUGGAAGUAAUUUAACUACCAACAGCUAAACAAUGGAUUCACUGGAAUUUCCUCCUGCUGAUACGCCCAUGGAGCCUGUGCUACCCAUGGAGACAGAUAAGCCUACCACAGCUGGGCCUUCUGAAGGUGUUGGGCCUUCGAGUGGCAGACAUGAAGAAUUCUCUGUGGAGAAAGUUCUAGAUCGAAGGAUCAAGAAUGGCAAAGUGGAAUAUUUGCUGAAGUGGAAAGGUUAUUCUGAUGAAGACAACACAUGGGAGCCAGAAGAUAAUCUGGACUGUCCAGAACUUAUAUCAGCAUAUGAAGAGGCACGUCUGAAAAGAGAGAGAGAGGCCGCUCCUCUACCUGUGGAAGAUGAGGGGCAGUCCACACGCAAGAGAGCCAAACGGGGGGAGAAGAAGAAGAAAGUUGAGGAGAUUGAGAAACCGCGUGGUCUGUCUCGGGGACUACAGCCGGAGAAAAUCCUCGCCGGGCAACUGUUCCACGGCACACUUUACUUCUUGGUUAAGUGGCACGACUGCACAGAGGUGGAUGUAGUCCUGGGACACGAGCUAGGACAGGCCUUCCCGGACUUUGUGAUCAGUUACUACGAGCAGUGUGCCCCGUUCAGUGUCAGAUACCCUACAGGAAGAGUUGCCAGGCCUGCACCUGAACUACCACCAUUAGAAACUACGGAGUCCAAUGCAGACAUACCAAUGGACACAACUAUUCCAGAAUUUUCCGCAGACUCGUCAAAUGUGGAAAUCUCCCCGCCGACGGCGCCAUCUAUCGCCGAAUCUGAAAGCCAGUCUCUAGAAGUGCCUGUCAACUGAUCUCCUGAUAUAAAACUAACAAUCGUAGAGGGAGCAUUUAAUAGAUUUACUAUUAAAUACAUAUGGUACAUAUAUCGAUGUGUAUAUACUUACAUUGAAAACAUAGUGUCUAUGUUUUCAAUGUUUUUAUAUAUGGAAUUGAAACAGUUGUUCAGUAGUGCCACCAGAGGGCGCUGUUUCAAUUCUUUAGAAAACGCAUGUAAUUUCACACCUAAUGAGCGGCCGGACUAUUUUUAAUAUAAUAUUGUCUUGAAGGUUCCCAACUGUGGGAAGCAGAAUAAAGUAGGAUAAGGACAAAUAACUUUCCUCGUGUUCUUUUCACUCGGUAAAGAAUUUUUUUUUAAUCUACAUCUUAUUCAUUACACUCAGUAUUAUACUUCCAUGUCAUCUCUAUUAGAUACUCUCUCUAUGCCAAUAUUACUCUCAGACCAAUUAUUGUAUAGGACUUGCCUCGCUAGACGUUACUUUUCUGUCAAAGUAUAUGAUCAACGAUCUAAUGCGAUUCUAAAAACUGUCUCUAAAGUAUUGAUGUUAAAUAGUUGUAAUCGUGUUCGUCGGUUAAAGAGCUCCGUAAAAAUACCUUUUUGUGUAACUGAAUUGUGUAAAAAACGGGCAAAAACUUCUAGUUUAGUAUUGGAUGUUUUCUUCAGAAAAUGACAGACAAUUUUGUUUGUGACUAUGGGUGCGAUACAGGUCCUUCUAUAAUUGGUCUGAGAUAUUACUAUUACUUGAUCAUAGACAAUAUGAUAUAACAGACUGUACACUUAUAACUAAGGGCACAUAUUUUGUGACACAUUGUUUCUAGAUCUUUUAUUUUCGGAAGGCUGUUUGGUUUUUGUUGUAAUUGGGUAAUUGACUUUUUUUUUUAUACAUUAAAAGUAUAUGUAAAAAUAGCAGUGUAAUUUUGCAGAAGUAACAGUGUAUCUGCGAUUUGUGCGUUUGGGUUUAUACUUUUCAUAAUAAAAAAGCCAAAUUGAAUGUAAGAAACCAUUAUACGAAAUUAUACGAUUUUUCAUACUUACCUAAGUUAAAUAAAUUUUUGAUUGUAUGAUGGACCCGGCACCUGAACGGUGAAUCUAUGGAUUGCUUAGAUAUUCGUCUCAUAUUUGGUAAACAGGUUCAAGACGGCGUCCUGCAUCACUAUAAAUAACAUUUUACUUGUUUUGCUUUGCUGACGUCACAUUAGUUUACAAACACAAGCGCAUACACACACGCACACAUACGCGCUAUUACUGUCAACUGACACCUACAACCAAAGACAAUGAGUCUUCCUGACAUAAAAUAAUUAUAAUUUCUUUAUUGAUAUUACUUACAUCUGAUUCCAAAUAAACUUAAUAUGACAAUAUCUUGUAAUAGCAUAAAAAAUUAAAAUAAUUAUUAGGUUAAGACAAUCAAUUACUAAUAAUAAAAGGUUUAUUCAAA